AUGGCCUAUCCACUAUGUCUUGGACCCAGUACUCCUUACAACUUCGGCCUCGGUUCCGACUUCCAGAUUGCCCUUAUCCAACCUUUUCUCUACUUCUUCUUGGCAGUCCUUCUUGACAUCGCUCCACGGGAAGUGACUCCGAAACCCCAAAGUCUAACAGGGACGGCCUCUCUCGACACUGGCAGUCUCACUCAGCCCGACGAACUGCUCGCCUCUCUCGCCCAAAGUCGUAACGAAACCCGGGUGAAGGCAGCUUGCAUAUCCCUACUCUUCACCGUCCUACUAUGUUUUUUUUCCCACCAACUAGACUUCAUGUGGCAUGACCCCCAUGCCUUCCAUUCUCGCCACGGCCCGGUCCCCUCCUUUACCAAAAACGGGUUGUUUGAUUCGGAUCCGAUCCCGGCGCCUGAUGAUUACGCCGUGACCAAAAGCCGAGAGGCAACGCGGUUACUCUUUGUGGUGGUCAUCUCAGGGGUGCUCUGCCCCAUUGCAGACUGUUUGUGUAGGCACGGAGAUGGAGGACUUGUGUGUCCAGACGAUUGGGAGUCACGUUUACUCCGGUCAGACUUUGGAAGAUUCAUAGCUGACGAGGUAUACGACUCAUUUGUGCUAUCUCAGUCUGGGUAUGACGGGAUGAUGCAUGUGAUGAAAGCCAUCAUGUUUCUUGUGCGUAUAGUGUUUCCGUGCAUGGCUACGGCGGCGACCACUAUAGCGUUAGCGUUUGCGACUUUUGGGAGGAGGCAUGGCGUGGUGGACAUAUGGGAUAGGAGGAUUGAGAGGUGGGUGGUUGCUUUCGCACUGGAGAGGUCUUACGCGAGGCUGGAUGAGUGGAGGAUUUUGUGGCAGAGGGGGGACCAGGGGAGGAGCAUGCAGGCUGUUCUGAACGAGGUGGACAUGGGCGAGAGGAAUAAGGAGACGAUUGUUUGGCGGAGGGGGAUGAAGGAGGGCAGGGGGUAUGGACCUGAUUAUUGGUUGCCGAGGGAGAAAGAACCGCAAAGGCCAUUCCAGUUCUCAAGCGCCGUGGACGAGGACGCAUAUCGCUAUGUAGGCUGA